CUUUAAUUAAUUAGUCAAUUAAGCAGCAGGACGACCAUGCUGGCGUUCAGAUUUCGCACUAUCUGCAGUGCCCCAACAACAGCCACAAGGAAAAGUGAAGACGCCACCAUGCCUGAGGCGAGCUCCCUCCACCUGACCCUGUACUCCCGCAGCCUCUGCUGCCAUGUCCGCUCCGCCAGCACCAGCAUCGUCCUCUACUACCUGGGCUCCUCGCUGCUGGUUCUGGCCCUCAUGGUGACCAGCCUCAUCACAGGGAGGAACUUCUGUGGUCUCGUCGCCUCUGAGCAGCUCUCUCGGGGACAGCAGAUCUUUGACGUCACCUCCAACAUGCUCCUGCUGGUCAUGAUGACCUUCUCCAGCAUCUUUGCCUUGGUUGGCCUGUGCAAAGGGAGUCCCCAUCACAUGGUCCCCCUGAUCGUCCUCCUCUUCCUGGACUUGGGUCUCACUGUGAUGUCCACGUUCAGUAGCUCCUGGGGGCUUCCAGGGACCCCCAGCUAUGAAGAAAGUGAGAAGACCUACCUGACCACCCAGAGGGAGCUGGACCCCAGGAUCGUGGCUCAUUUCAGCCUGGCCUUCGGCGUCCUGUUUGUUCUCUACCUGCUGAUGAAGGUCUUCAUGGUGAACACGCUUCUGCGCUGCUACUUCGUCAUGAAGGCCGAAGCUCAGGAGAGACCCGUGUGCGAGAAGAGCGUCCUGGUGGACCUGCCCUCUUAUGAAGAGGCCCUGAAGUUGCCCUCCAAGGACCCGGCUCUGGCUAUCCUGGGGCCCUAGGGGCCUGCACCCUCCCACGCCAGCCGCUGUACACCUGCACCCGGCCGCAGCCCCCGAGUGACUGCGCCCACCACAGCUGCCACCGCUGCUUUCUCUUGCAGCUUUCUCCCUUCGCAGAGCGCAGAUGGUGCAGAUGCUGGCUUUAGUGUUGGCUUUAAAAAAAUUUGAUUAUAGAGGCACCAUUUGUUUUUGUUUUUUUAAGUAAGGGGAGAAGCUUUUUGUAUGUUGCUUUGUGCUCUAUUUUUUAAGCAGAAAGCACACAUAUAUAUUGUUGUAUCAUUUUUGCAAACCUUAAACUGCAGUUUGAAUUGAAGCUAAAGGAUGCAAAAAAAAGGGAGGGAGAGAGAGAGAAAGAGGGACAGGAAGGACAGAUAUGGGGAGAGAGAGAGAAAGCGAGCUGCUGAGUGAGUGUACUGCCUGCAUUCUGCUGCACUUAAAGGCCUGAAUUCCCGUAAUAAACAUCAUGAAAGUGU